UAACCUUUUUCAUGCUGCUCUCUGCAGUGUGCGUGAUGCUGAAUUUGGCUGGUUCAAUUCUUUCCUGUCAGAAUGCUCAGCUAGUCAGUGCCCUGGAAGGCUGUCAGCUGAUUAAGUUUGACAGUGUGGAGGUGUGUGUCUGCUGUGAAAUGCAGCACCGUUCGUCUGGCUGCGGCAACCUGGGCGAGACGCUGAAGCUGAACCCGCUGCAGGAGGACUGCGACGCCGUGAGGCUGACAUUGAAGGAUCUGCUCUUCAGUGUGUGUGCCCUCAACGUCCUCUCCACCAUCGUGUGUGCGUUGGCCACCGCCAUGUGCUGCAUGCAGAUGGUCUCUUCUGACGUCCUGCAGAUGCGACACGUCAGUGAAUCACGAUACAGGGCCAGGGAGCAUCGUUACCAAGACAUUAAAAAUUCAUCGGUGCUAAUCACCCCAGACUCUGGACUCUUCAGCCGGAACCAAGUUUCAGGGGCUCUUUGCAGCGGGCCUUGGAAGCUGGCCAGCAGCCCCGGUUCUCAUAAGCCCCGCCCCCUGGUUCCACAGGUGCCUGGGAGGACAGCGCACACCUAA